GUGCACAUCUGCGUCACUUACAGGGGAGGAGGAGGCGAUGAGGCAGAGAGAAAAUUGUACUGUGAGGACCUUGACAGCUUCACGGGCGGGCUUUUCCUUUUGCCUUCCUAUAUUUUCUGGAAUAUUUAUUCUUCUCUUUUACAAACUGACUAUAUAAAACCACCCCUUCUCGCCUUGCAGAAGGCAUAUGACUUUCUCAAAGACACCCGUCAAGCUCUCAGAGCAUCCUCGGAGAAGCCAGGCACAGGGGCGCAGGUGCACCGAGAAGACUAGGGGGUGCGCUUCUUCGCGACUUGGGGCGCGCUCUCUCUCUCGCUCUAUCUCUCUCUCUCUCCCUCUCUCUCCCUCUCUCUCCCUCUCUGCGCUCUCCAGGCACUGAACUCUGAGCUGCAAGGACAGGAGAGCCGACACCUUCCCGACUGAGGUUUUGCCACGGGUGCAUCCCAGGGAGGUGUAUCCAGCUGCCGCCGCCUCCCGGGCUUCCGAGCGUGCAGACCUCCCUUCUUCGCGCACCUCCAUCACCAGGGUCGUCCCUCCCUGCCGUAACCACGGGGCCCCCGCGGGCGGAUCAAGGAUUCUCAGCCCUCUGCGUCCGGCUCCUGCCUCUGCUCGCAGCCAGUGGGCUCCCCACGCGCGGGUCCUUGCGGACCUGACCGCAGCUGAGCGGCGCGGCUCUGCCGUCCGCGCUCGGGUGGUUGCCUAGCAGGGCGCGCAGCCCGCCUCGCCGCGAGUGCUCCCGGGGUGCAGAGGGCGCAGUCCGCCGCCUCCUCCAACCCCGAGCUCUGCUGGCCUCCCCCACCAGCUGCUCUGUCUACUCCCGCGCCCGCUGAGGUCUCUUUGCCUUCUUGCGUCAAGCAUGUCAGGCUCUGGGAGAAAAGACUUCGAUGUGAAGCACAUCCUGCGACUCCGCUGGAAACUCUUCAGCCACCCGUCGCCAGCCCCAGGCGGCCCGGCGGGGGGCGGCUGCUUGCAACAGGACGGCAGCGGCAGCUUCGAGCACUGGGGCCCCAGUCAGAGCCGCCUGCUCAAAAGCCAAGAGAAGGGCAGCGUGAGCACUUUCUGGAAGAAGCCUUCCUCUUCUUCCUCCUCUCCUUCGUCUUCCUCCCCUUCGUCUUCCUCCUCUUCCUUUAAUCCACUGAAUGGCACCCUGCUGCCAGUGGGCACAAGGUUGCAGCAAGGGGCGCCGGGGCAGGGCACCCAACAGCCAGCCAGGACUCUCUUCUACGUGGAGUCUCUAGAGGAGGAGGAGGUGCCAGGCAUGGACUUUCCUGGACCACACGAUAAAGGGCUGGUCCUGCAAGAGCUCAAAGUGGAGCCGGCCAACUCAAGCCAGGCAACAGGUGAAGGAUGUGGACACAGGUUGUCAGCAACUAGCCAUUCACUGACACCUCAAAGUGAUAUGGACUCCAGUAGCUCUGAAGAAUUCUAUCAGGCCGUUCACCAUGCUGAGCAAACCUUCAGAAAAAUGGAAAGUUAUUUGAAACAACAGCAACUCUGUGAUGUUAUCCUCAUUGUUGGGAACCGAAAGAUACCUGCGCACAGGCUUGUCCUGAGCUCAGUCUCCGACUAUUUUGCUGCCAUGUUUACAAGUGAUGUUUGUGAAGCCAAGCAAGAGGAGAUCAAGAUGGAAGGCAUAGACCCCAAUGCCCUCUGGGACCUUGUCCAGUUUGCAUAUACAGGUUGCUUGGAGUUAAAGGAAGACACCAUUGAAAACCUUCUUGCUGCAGCGUGCCUUCUUCAGCUCCCUCAAGUAGUAGAAGUGUGCUGCCACUUCCUCAUGAAGCUGUUGCACCCAUCCAACUGUUUGGGGAUCCGAGCCUUCGCAGAUGCUCAAGGAUGCAUUGAAUUAAUGAAGGUGGCCCACAGCUACACAAUGGAAAACAUAAUGGAAGUUAUGAGAAAUCAAGAGUUUUUACUGCUUCCAGCUGAGGAGCUCCAUAAACUCCUGGCCAGCGAUGAUGUAAAUGUCCCUGAUGAAGAAACCAUCUUCCAUGCAUUAAUGAUGUGGGUCAAGUAUGACAUGCAGAGGAGAUGCAACGACUUGAGUAUGCUUCUUGCCUUUAUAAGACUGCCACUGCUUCCGCCACAGAUAUUGGCUGACUUAGAAAACCAUGCAUUAUUUAAGAAUGACCUGGAAUGUCAAAAACUGAUUCUGGAAGCAAUGAAAUAUCAUCUAUUGCCAGAAAGAAGAACUUUAAUGCAAAGUCCAAGAACUAAACCUAGAAAAUCUACAGUUGGAACUCUGUAUGCUGUAGGAGGAAUGGAUAACAACAAAGGAGCUACAACCAUAGAGAAAUAUGACCUCAGAACAAAUUUGUGGAUCCAGGCAGGAAUGAUGAAUGGCAGGAGACUGCAGUUUGGUGUGGCUGUUAUUGAUGACAAACUCUUUGUAAUUGGAGGUCGAGAUGGCUUAAAGACAUUGAACACUGUUGAAUGUUACAAUCCCAAAACCAAGACUUGGACUGUCUUACCACCAAUGUCAACACAUAGACAUGGUCUAGGUGUAACAGUUCUUGAAGGCCCUAUUUAUGCUGUGGGAGGCCAUGAUGGCUGGAGCUAUCUGAAUACAGUGGAGAGAUGGGACCCCCAGAGUCAGCAAUGGACAUUUGUAGCCAGUAUGUCCAUUGCCCGAAGCACAGUUGGUGUAGCAGCUUUGAAUGGCAAGUUAUAUUCAGUUGGAGGUCGUGAUGGAAGUUCCUGUUUGAGUUCAAUGGAAUACUAUGAUCCUCAUACAAAUAAGUGGAACAUGUGUGCUCCAAUGUGUAAGAGGAGAGGAGGUGUUGGAGUGGCCACGUGCGAUGGUUUUCUCUAUGCAGUAGGAGGUCAUGACGCUCCUGCUUCAAAUCACUGUUCCAGGUUACUAGAUUAUGUAGAAAGAUAUGAUCCCAAAACAGACACAUGGACCAUGGUGGCUCCUUUGAGUAUGCCCAGAGAUGCUGUUGGAGUCUGUCUCCUUGGUGACAGGUUAUAUGCCGUUGGUGGCUAUGAUGGGCAGACAUACCUCAACACUAUGGAAUCCUAUGAUCCACAAACAAAUGAGUGGACACAGAUGGCUUCUUUGAAUAUCGGGAGAGCAGGUGCCUGUGUGGUAGUCAUCAAGCAACCUUGACUUAUUUUUAUUUGGAGAGAUUUUAUUUGCUGGAGUGGUUAUUUUUAUAACAGAGAGCAAGAAUGAGAAUUUCCUGAGAUGAAAAUUCUUCAAGAACAAGGAUUUCUGUAGAUUUACCUACUGAUGUCAAAAGAGGUAGACUAUCAAAAAGAAUUAUAAGAAUAAAAAAAACCCAUCAAACUGCUGUGAAACAAUGUCUGGCCGUAUAUUAGUUAGUUCAGGAAUGGUUAUUGGUAAUUUGUUUUGUAUUGUAGAAUACAAUAACUAAAGUUACCAAAGGCUUGUUUUUCUUGAGCAAUUAAGAGGAGAGACCAAUAUUUGUGACAUGGAUAAUUUCAUGACUACAACUCAUUCAAUUGUUUUAUUAGUUGGUGGCAAUAUCAAAGAGGUCAAAGACAUGAUAUUUCGUCUGACAGAACCUGAUUGGUUUACUAUUUUCCUAAUCAGUUGUGGUCAUUCCAGGAGGCAGAAUGAUAUUUUAUUAAAACAAACACGCUUCUUCCUCAUUUUCUCAACUAUGAGAACAAUUAGAGAAACAGAUUCAUGCCUGUCUCUUGCAUUCAGAAAACAAACUGUUCUGCUAAUCAAAACUGCUAUAUCAUCAGAGUGGAUGGUUGAAAUUUGUUGCAGCCGUAUUAGCAGUCUGAAGCUGGCAAACACAAAGGAUUGUUUUCAUUAGGCUUACCACAUUGCUUUGCUUUUUGAACACACUGAGCCAAAGAAUCAGUACAAUUAUGGGCUUUUGCCUUAUGUUGAGUUCAGUGUAAGCAUGGAAGCUAGUUACUCUGAAUGUUAUAUAUAUCACUGCAUGUUCAAGUCCUUUAGAAAUUUGUUCAUAAAAAAAACAAAAACAACUUAGAAUUUUGAGGGAGAAAUCUAUGAUCCAUUCAUUUGGAGUAUUAAUGAUCAUUGUUAGAAGGAGGGCAGACUCCAGAUUCUCAUUCCCCAUUUUUCAAACUUGUUACAUUGAUAUGCACAUUAUUUUAUGCCAAAUGUUUGUAAUUGUUUAAAGCAUAAAGUGGAAACAUUACACAUUGUCCUUAAUAGAUUCAUGUAAAUUUUAAAUAUAAUUAAUAAAUGAUAGA